AUGACGGACAAAGGACUCGCAGAGCAAUAUAAGCUCGAUAUUGUCGUUCUUGACGAAGAACGCAGUCGCGAGAUCCAUUAUCGACCUGAUCCACACCAGCUGGCCGAUUGGUCCAAGAACGUUCUGGUCGUUCAAAGUGACCCAAUAUGGGUGAAAAUCGCAGAUUUCGGUAUUAGCAAGCGCGCAAUAGAUGACGAAACUGACCUGCGUACCCAAAUUGGGACGCAAGGUUAUAUGGCUCCAGAGGUAUUAGAUCUUGUUGACAACUCAAAAGAGGAUUCAAGCUACACCAGUGCUGUGGAUCUUUGGUCCCUUGGAUGUUUGCUUUACUACCUAUUGACGAAGGAGACCCCAUUCUCUGUGUAUGAGCUUCAAACUUAUGCGAGAGGACAUACUGAAUUUCCCCAUAAUCCUUUGAUUACAAGGAAAGUCAGCUCUCCUGGACGAAGUUUCAUCAAGUCUUUGUUAGCGCCGUUUCCUCAAGACCGCCCCAAGGCUUCAGUUGGUCUGAUGAAAGACUGGGCUUCUGAGCAUAGAAACACAUCCUCAUUCACGCCGCACUCUACGGAGUUGAGCUCAAAAGAAAACCCUCAGAUACACGUUGCGCCAGAGGUUACUAUUGACAGUCCAUCCACGCUUCUCCCCGAGCCAAUACCGCUAGUGGAGCAACAGAUAAAUAAGCCGAUGCCCAAAGUAGAGCCAGAAAUGAGCUUCUACUCCUACGAACUCUGGCGCGUGACCAAGUCUACAAAGAGUAAAACGGCCGAUGCAGAGCAACUGCUACCUAUCCUCGACCAUAAUGCAAACCCAAGCAUAAUACGUGACGGAUAUAAUGCUUUUCAUUUUGCAGCACAGUAUGGCAGUGCUGAGUGGGUCAAGAUACUUCUUGAAUAUCAAGCGGACGUGACAAAAACCACAAUCCCACGGUGUGAGACCGCAUUACACCUGGCAACCUGGCAAGGAGACCUUGAAAUAUUCCUGAAGAAGCUCCAAUCAUUGCAAAAAAACAAAAUAGAUGUGAGCGCCCAAAACUUCGAUGGUGACACUGCUUUGCAUCUGGCAAUUACAAGAUUUGAGUCUGUGAAGGCUAUUGAGGCACUACUUGCUGCUGGAGCAUCCACAGAGAUAAAAGGAAGAAAAGGACACACGCCCCUCUUGUAUGCAAUGUACUUGCAGCGAGAAGAAAAGGCGACUGUCUUGUUAGAUGGAGGUGCCAGCGUGAACUGCCAAGAUGGCGAUGGUCGGACACCACUACAUCUUGCCAUCGCUUCAAACAAGAUGGGCGCAGGAUUGAUUCGACGGCUCAUUAAUGAUGGGGCUGAUAUCAAUAAAGCUGAUCGGAACGGGCACACUCCUCUUUACGAUGCAGUCAAGCUUAGGAAACGUGAUGUCAUUAAUAUGCUCCUUGAUUGUGAUGCGAACUGCGAGCUCGGGGACUCUGGGCUACAGAGAUAUCUAGUCCAGGUGCAAAUGUGGAGGCAAGGUACUCGAUGGUUGUCAUCUCUCUUUACUUGA